GGAUCAAGUUCCUCUUGGUAUCCAGUUGCAGUCUGUGGGAACUGGCUACAAAGAAUCAGGAGGCUGCGUUGGGUUUCAUUGUUUUAGCCUGAUACGAACCUGUGGGAUUUUACUACUUAUCUUCUGCCUUAAGUUUCUUGGGGCUCAUUGUGUUCCUCUUGUGCCGGCUUCAGGAUGAUGAAGUUUAGGUUUCGGAGACAGGGGAACGAUCCCCAAAGAGAGAAAAUUAAGAAGGACCUUUUUGCAUUUAAUAAGACUGUUGAACAUGGAUUUCCUAACCAGCCAAGUGCACUUGCCUUUGACCCAAAACUACGGCUGAUGGCAAUAGGAACAAAAUCGGGAGCAGUCAAAGUAUAUGGUGCUCCUGGGGUGGAGUUUACAGGUUUGCACAAAGAAACUGCCACUGUUACUCAGAUGCACUUUUUACCAGGACAGGGUCGACUGCUGUCCUUGUUGGAUGAAAACAGCCUCCACUUGUGGGAGAUUAAUGUUAGAGAUGGUUACUCACACCUCGAAGAAUGCCGCAGCUAUAUUCUUCCUGGUCGGCCUGGCUUUGAUAGUGCCAACACUCCAGCCUCCAUGACUCGAGUCACAGUGAUCCUGUUGAAGGAGAGCUGUGAUAUGGCCUGUGUGGGGACAGAAGGUGGAGGAGUGUACUUCUUGGACUUGCCUAGUAUGAUGCUGUUGGAAAAUCAAUCCCUCUUUCAAGAUGAGAUCAUGCAAAGUGUUCCAGAUGAUUAUAAAUGUGGCAAAGCUUUGGGACCAGUUGAGUCACUACAGGAACACCCUCUGAGCCCAGACAAGAUUCUUAUUGGUUAUAGCAGAGGCCUCGUAGUUCUGUGGGACCACAGCACCAGAGUGGUGGACAGUCACUUCUUGGGAAAUCAGCAACUGGAAAGCCUCAGUUGGGAACGCAGUGCAAAGAAUUUUGUGAGCUCUCACAGUGAUGGAGGAUACAUGGUGUGGUCCACUAGCAGUGGCAGCUCAAUGACAUAUCAGCCUGCCACCUCUAUCAUACCAUACGGUCCCUUUCCUUGCAAAGCAAUCAACAAAAUUCUUUGGAGGACCUCUUCAGCUGGAAGCCCAUUUGUCCUAUUCAGUGGUGGUAUGCCCAGAGCCAGCUAUGGGGACAGGCACUGUGUCACUGUCUUGCAAGAGAAGACGCAAGUGACCCUGGACUUCACCUCUCGUGUCAUCGACUUCUUUACAGUUCAUAGCACAGCAGCUGAAGAUGAGUUUGAUGACCCGAGUGCCCUUGUGGUUCUUCUUGAGGAGGAGCUGGUGGCAAUAGACCUUCAGACAACUGGGUGGCCCACUAUCCCCUCACCCUAUCUUGCCCCUCUCCAUUCCUCUGCCAUCACCUGCUCAUAUCACAUCUCAAAUGUACCUGCCAAGCUUUGGGAAAGAAUCAUUGGUGCCGGAGAGGUUCAGAACCCACAGCAAGCCCACAUGAAAUGGCCAGUGAAUGGUGGGAAAAGUUUAGCUCCAGAGCCAAUCCAGAAGGGUCUCCUUUUAACUGGGCAUGAAGACGGCACUGUUAGAUUCUGGGAUGCAUCUGGUGUUUCCUUGAAACCCCUGUAUAAGCUUAACACAGCCAUCAUAUUCCAUACAGACUGCGAGCAUAAUGACAGCUUGACACAGCCUGGUGAGGAAGAGUGGCCUCCAUUUCGAAAGGUUGGCUGUUUUGAUCCAUACAGUGAUGAUCCCCGUUUGGGAAUACAGAAGAUCUCAUUAUGUAAAUACAGUGGCAAGCUAGUGGUAGCUGGUACAGCUGGACAGGUGUUGCUUAUGGAGCUGAAUGAUGACAAAUCAGAACACAUGAUCAAUAUUUCCACAGUGGACCUUCUGCAGGAUCGGGAAGGCUUCACCUGGAAAGGGCAUGAUCGACUUGCGCCCAAAAGCGGCCCAGUGUGUUUCCAACCUGGCUUUCAGCCCAGCAUUCUGGUGCAGUGUAUGCCUCCUGCAGCUGUAACUGCAGUUACUCUGAAUGCUGAAUGGAACCUAAUUGCCUUUGGAACCAGUCAUGGCUUUGGUUUGUUUGAUUACCUCCGGCGCAGCCCAGUGCUUGCCAGGUGUACGCUCCACCCCAAUGAUUCCUUGGCUAUGGAAGGCCCUCUGUCUCGGGUCAAGUCCUUGAAGAAAUCCCUGCGCCAGUCAUUUAGGCGAAUCCGUAAAAGCAGAGUGUCUGGAAAGAAGCGAGUGGCCAUCAACAGCCCAACUAGCAAAGUGCAGGAAGCUAAUGCACAUCUGGCAGAGCAGGCUGGACCCCAUGAUGUUGAGGUGGCACCAGUCCAGCGGCGAAUAGAGCCCCGUUCAGCAGACGAUUCUCUUUCCGGUGUGGUGCGCUGCCUAUGUUUUGCGGACACGUACCUGCGAGACAGCGCACACCAUGGGCCUACAAUGUGGGCUGGCACAAAUUCUGGAUCAGUGUAUGCCUAUGCCUUGGAGGUGCCAUCACAGGAAAAAUUCUCUGAGCACUCUGUGGAAGCUGUACUAGGCAAGGAGAUCCAGUUGAUGCACAGGGCACCAGUAGUUUCCAUCGCUGUGUUGGAUGGCAGGGGUAACCCACUACCUGAGCCCUAUGAGGUGUCCCGGGACCUGGCCAAAGCACCAGACAUGCAAGGCAGCCAUUCUGUUCUCAUUGCGUCUGAAGAGCAGUUUAAGGUGUUUAUGCUUCCUAAAGUCAGUGCAAAGACCAAAUUUAAAUUGACGGCACAUGAAGGGUGCAGAGUCCGUAAAGUAGCCCUAGUUAAUUUUGUUAGUGCAUCUGCUGAAGAGUACACAGAGAACUGCCUUGUGUGCCUGACCAACUUGGGAGACAUACACGUCUUCACGAUCCCUGGGCUGCGGCCACAAGUUCGCUAUGACUGCAUCCGCAAAGAGGAUAUCAGUGGCAUUGCAUCAUGUGUGUUCACGAAAGCUGGGCAAGGCUUCUAUUUAAUAUCCCCAUCAGAGUUUGAACGUUUCUCCCUGUCUGCUCGCUUUAUCACAGAGCCAGUGUGUGCUGUUGAGACUGACAGGUCGCAUGACUGCACACAGCUAAGCACCCCUAACUCAAUUCAGGCAAAUGGAACUCAUAAACUGCUACCAUCAAGUGAAAGAAGCUCCUUAGGAGAAGCACAAGGAGCACUAGAAGAUGUGCAGACUGCGCUGUCCUCAUCAGGCCUCGACUCUCCCAACAGCAGCGCCGACAUCACUCUGGACACCACAGGGGAUAUCACUAUGGAAGACGUCAAAGACUACUUAAUGUCUACAGAUGAAGCAGAAAGAAAUCUUAAGAACAUGACAGAGGAGGAUGCACGGACACCAGGAAUUCUUAUCAAUUGAAGAGCUGUUGACCAAGUCGGGACAUUUGAGAGCGGAUGGAUGCGCUGGGUGGGCGGAAGGCCGUGGCAGACUUGAAACUUUACACAAAUGGGAGCCGUGUGCCUACUUGGGCCGCUUCCUGCCAGAAGACUCCCCCCUGGUGCCCCCUUGUGGCCUUCAGUCUCCUCCUUCUCUCCUCUUCCCCAGUAUUUGUACAGCCGUUUUAAAGGAGAUGUCCUGUGAAGCACAAGGUGCCAAACUUAAUUUUAAACAAGAUUAUUUUUAAAUUUUUACUGCCAAGCGCCACCACCCCUCCCCCAAAUUCUGCCAACUGCCAGUAGAUGAUUGGGUGUGUGCUGCCUCUGCCCUUCAUUGUACCUGCCACUCCUUUCAUUCACAUUUGUUUUGUGGAGGUCCUCUGCCAGAUCACCUAGUUGGGACUCGUUUAUGCCCCUCUUACUGCCACCAGCAGGACUGCCUUUGGGUGGGUGGGGUUGUGGGUGCUCACCUCUUGUUGUGCCAGCUUUGCUGAAAGUCCACCCCAGAUGAUGAAGUUCAUUCAGAAGUUUCCUCCCUGUGCACCCAGAGAAGGCUGAUGGGGAGCUUUUUAAAAUGUGAAUCUUUUCUUCUUCUUCUUCUGUUUGUUUGUUUUUAAUAUAUUAAGGUGGGUGUGAUUGUGCAGCUUAAAGAUGGUGGUGUUUCAUCGUCACUUUUAUGACGCAGUAGCGAGUGACUCACAGUAUUAACAUGACGUGAAGGCGUCGCGCACACACGGUUUACACACACGCACUGUCGGCCGGCAAUGAGGUUUGCCUUUUUUCUUUUUAAGAUUUCACUCGGUUUAAAUUCUGAGCCUUUGUAUGUUCAUAUCGGGGUGGGGGGGGAACGACUUCAUAAAUGCAUUUGUUGGUGUAGAAUUACGUGUAUAUAGAAUGGGACCCGAAAGGUCAGGGCCAUCUUUGGACACGAGAGACCCAAAGCCAGGCGGUACCGGAGAGGAUGUGGGUGGAAAGGUGGAAUAAAAAAAUGGCCGAGGAGUGGAGCACUUGGCUGGCACGCGCCAGGAGUCCGCCAAGAGCCGACAACGCUUGCUUUUUUUUUUGUUUUUUUUAUCGAUUCUGCAUCCCUAAAUGGAAGUGAAAAGGGACAAGUAUGUGGUUAUGGCACCUGAAUUACAUAAAGAUGUAUGAAUUAUUAACUUUUUACUGUGUAAAACUUGUUAGUUAUAACGAGCUCCAGGCGCCAGCGCUGUUUCUAACGUGACCUGCUCAGCAAAGACCCCCUUUGCUCUGUUUUCUGAAGGGAUUGUCGGUUUCUGUUCUUAGAAACGUGGACUCCCAUCAGCUGUGGUGUUCUUUAUUUAAUAAAUCCCGGUUCUUUUACGUUCUUUUUAAAGUGGCACCUUUGCCGUGACGCCUGCUCUCAGGUUUUUAUUGGUUGGUAGAUUUGUUUUUCUUAGUAGACUGUACCCGUCACGUACUUACGUUAAAGAAGGUAGAAUUGUUAUAUUGUUGAAAAUAUUGGGUUUAAUAUUAAUAAAGCAUUUAAUGCCUCCUAACGG